AUGGGUGAUAAAGAACAAAAUUCACCUAUUUACAUAAGUCGAAUUAUUCCUGGUGGUGUUGCCGAUCGUCAUGGUGGUUUAAAACGUGGUGAUCAAUUACUAACAGUAAAUGGGAUUUCUGUGGAGAGUGAACAUCAUGAAAGAGCUGUUGAACUCUUGAAAUUAGCACAAGGUACUGUGAAACUUGUAGUCAGAUAUACGCCACGUAUUCUUGAAGAGAUGGAAGCACGUUUUGACAAACAAAAAGCUCGACGUCGGCAACUUAGUUAA